AUGCAAAAUAUUAUGAAAGAAGAAAUAUAUAAAUAUUGCAAAAUAAGUGGUACAGUUGACUUCAUUUUUGGUGAUGCAACUGUUGUGUUCCAAAACUGCCGGAUCUUAGCCAAAAAAGGCCUACCGAAUCAGAAGAACAGCGUCACAUCCCAAGGCCGGAAAGACCCGAAUGAGCCGACCGGAUUCUCAAUCCAGUUCUGCAACAUAACUGCAGAUGCAGACUUGUUACCCUUGGUCAACUCCACUUUUACUUACCUUGGUAGGCCUUGGAAGCUUUAUUCAAGAACUGUAAUAAUGCAUUCUUUCUUGAGCAAUGCCAUAAGGCCUGAGGGGUGGCUUGAAUGGAACGCGGAUUUUGCUUUGAGCACGUUGUCUUAUGGUGAGUACAUGAAUUAUGGGCCUGGAGCGGGCCUCGGAAGCCGGGUCAAGUGGCCUGGCUACCGAGUCUUUAAUGAGUCUACUCAGGUAAAGAACUAUUCUGUGGCCCAAUUUAUUGAAGGCAACCUGUGGUUACCCCCUACUGGUGUCAAAUAUACAGCAGGAUUUGGGGCUUGA